AUGACUGAGGAAGAAGAGCUUCUGGCUAGGAUUGGCCAGUUAGCUGGCCAAAUCAACCAACACAAGAACCAGACGCACUCUGCCGUGCGCGGUGGGAAUCCAAGCUCUUCCUAUGCUCGACAUUCGCGAGGCGGCUGGAGGCCAUAUCGUGGAAGAGGAAGGGGACCAUCAAGGGCUUUGGCGGGCGCACACAGAAACCGAACACUUGUGCUUAAUAGUCAAAGCACCCCAGCGGAGACGGCAAGCGUAGCAGCCUCAUCGUCUACACCGAGCGAUGAGGCCACCGAUGCCAAACCCGGCACGAAGAGCUCGUGGAUAGCGAAGAGAGAUCGCCACAUGCAGCUGAUAAAUUCAUCAAUAUUUGACCAGGAGACGCAGGCCAGAAACAAGGCAAUAGCAGAGACUCGGAGAUUAAAAUCACAGAAGAAAGCGGCACAGGAAGAAUCCAUGGUUCUACGACAUGCUCAGUCUGCUUCAAGUUUCCCAGAGAGCAAUAGGAGCGAACCUCUGCCUGACGGAAGGACUUAUACCAUACUUGUCGGGAAUAUACCAUUUCAAGUCGCCCAAGGUGGCAGUAAACUCAUCUCCCUUUCCAAUGACCCGUUAAAGGCGAACGUGACCCCCAAACGAGUGAAUGUCGGAGGUGUUAUGUUUGUCAGAAGCAAACGGGGCAACCUACACCGCCUAGGUGCUGUCAUUUCAAAGAAAAAACCCGGAAACGUGAAAAAGAGAAACGAGCUAUGCAAGAGAUUUACAUCGACGGGUACUUGUUUCAAGGGCCCAACUUGCCCCUAUAUCCAUGACCCGAACAAAGUCGCCAUCUGCAAAGACUUCCUCCAGACAGGUAAAUGCGAUGCAGGUUUGGCCUGUGAUCUUUCACAUGACCCGUCCCCUGAAAGAUCCCCGGCGUGUCUUCAUUUCCUUCGUGGUCGAUGCACGAAUCCGUGUUGCCGAUAUACCCAUGUCCACAUAACGCCGGGUGCUCCGGUCUGUCGUGAUUUUGCCAUUUUAGGAUACUGCAGUAAAGGAGCCACUUGUGAAGGGCGACAUGUCCACGAGUGUCCCGACUAUGCUAACACAGGAAACUGUGGCAAUAAGAAAUGCCCCCUUCCUCAUGUUGAUAGAGCUGGUCAAAUUCGCAAGUUCACUGCUAACAAGGUAGAUCCGUCUGCUGAAGGAGACUCUGAGGAGGAUGUCUCAAGCGAUAACGAGGUGUAUGAAGAGAUUGACUCUGAUGAUGUCGAUUCUGAUGAUUUGGAGGAACCAGAAGAGAUUAUUCAAGGCACCGAUGGUGGGGAUGCUUCCCAGCAGCUAGAUUUCAUCGGGUUCUCUUAG